CGCUGGGCGGGAGGAGACGCCCCUGCGCCUCGCCGGCUCUCGCAGUAUUUGCCGGUUACCUGCAAACCGCAGAGCGCCGAGUGCCGAAAGCCCGAGCGCUCCUUAACAACGCGUAAAUAAUGGAGGACAGGCAGGAUGAAUGAGUGCGGCGGGCGGAGAGCGGGCUGAGCCUCACCCCCGACGGAUCGGGACGCCCAGGAGGUUUUCUCAAGUUGAAGACGUAGCAGGGCAUUUGGUUGGUACCUGACCCCAAAACUUGUGCUCUACCUUUGCGAAGAGCUGAUGAGGAAGACAUUUACCUUCACAUACUCCACAGUUCUCUGUAUCAGAAGAAUAAGGCUUUGUGUUCAAGAGUGGUUCAAGAUGACGAUGUAACAUUGCUAACACUGAAGGUCUCCUGAGAAGAACUGGUUUUUAAGAGGCUUCUCCUUCCCUCACCUUUUUUUUUUUUUAACUGCUUCUCUCAGAAGCUACAAACAAGAUGCCAGCCAAGACACCCAUCUACUUGAAAGCUGCUAACAAUAAGAAGGGGAAGAAAUUCAAACUAAGGGAUAUCUUAUCUCCUGAUAUGAUCAGUCCUCCACUUGGAGAUUUUCGUCACACCAUACACAUUGGAAAAGAGGGACAGCAUGAUGUUUUCGGAGACAUAUCAUUUUUGCAGGGCAACUAUGAGCUAUUGCCUGGAAACGAGGGUGAAACCAGAGUUAGCCAGUCUGGUAUCCACAAUGAAUUCUUAAGGGCAAACAGCACUUCUGAAUCCAUGUUUACAGAAACUCCAUCACCAGUGCUCAAAAAUGCCAUUUCCCUUCCUGCCAUUGGGGGUUCUCAAGCCCUUACAUUGCCUUUAUUGUCACCAGUGACAUUUAAUUCAAAACAAGAAUCCAUCAGGUCAUCCAGAAAUCCUAGGCUUAGCUGUGAGCCAGUAAUAGAAGAAAAACUGCAGGAGAAAGGUAAAGAGAUGGAGGAUGAAGAAACAUACAAAGAUGACGUAUGGGAGCAAAAUGGUUCUUCUUCACAUUUUACUAAUGGUAGCGACAGUCACUCAUCCAGCUUUUCUGAACGAUGCACUGAUUGGCAAACUGUUGAUUUACUGGAUGACGGUCGGCUUUCAUGUGAACUAACCAAGACAAAGUCAGAAGAAACCCUUUCAGAUCUUGCAGGCUCUCUUCUCUCAUUACAACUUGACUUGGGGCCCUCACUUUUGGAUGAAGUCCUCAAUGUAAUGGACAAGAAUAAAUCGUAGAACUGGUACUCCCUUGCUUCUUUAUAAGUGAUUCACUUAAACAAAAACCAGAGCUCAAAAGCAGAUGCUUAAAAAUCAGCUGUAUUUGCAGUUGUAUUAUGAGUUUUCUAAAAAAUAUUCUUAAAAUACUAUUUUUUUACCAAUUGUUUUUCAUGGUUUUUAUUACACUAAAUUCUCAUAUCAGGAAGGUAAAUUUUAAUAAUCAGUUUCAGCAGAUAUAAAAUGUUUUUAAGUACCAGUAUUAAUGAUCAGAAACUUAAGAAACAGCAGUUGAAGAUGAUACUGAUUGUGACAUUUGGUUAGUUCACUUCUACGGGCUUCUGAAUAUGUGAGAAUCUCUUAAUGUCAGAAAGGAGACUGAUACUAAUUAUUCACUUUUAUAAAUUAUUACAAUAUCACUUCACCUGUAGGCCUCUUUCUACAACCUUGUGUUUGAGGGUUUUAUAGUGUUUUCUUUCAUUUUCCAUAGUACCAUUUCUGUUCUAAAUUCACCACAACUACUUUCUUGGUCUUAUACUACCGUUCUGAAUUCAGAUGUGAACAGUUUGAAGGCUUUUUCAGCUUGAACACCUGGUCCAGAGUCUCAGCUGCUUUAAAUGAGUAUGCACAAAUUUACGCAAGCUGAGGCUUGGGCCUGACAUUGUAUAUGAAAUGUUAUGUUGUAAACAGGUGACACAUGCAAGAUAUUAUGGUUAAAUUAUUUUAAAAGUUGAAAUAUAUUUUCUGUGUGCAUAUUGGCUUUUUACUGCAGAGCCUACACAUACAGUAUCUCAUCAAAAUAGUUGCUUGGCAUUAUUGGUGCUCUUCUGAAAAUUGUAUAUUUGUGUGUUUGAAGAGAAACAUGUAUUAAUAGUCCUUGCUUUUUUCUUCAUUUAUUUCCACAACGUGCUUAAACUUGCAACUGAUUAUUUUACUCUUUGAAGAAGGCACUGGUUAUUCACAAUGCUAGUGAUGUGUGCAGCAACAGCCAAUGUUUGCGAAAUGUGGAUCUUUCAAUACAGUACCUACAUGGAUUGCAUAAAUACCUUGUGCAAUACAAUAAAAAACCCUUUAAAAUUG